CUGGAAGUCACACCAGCAGCGACCAUACCUGUCUAAUUAUUCAGUUUACCAAUAGGAAUACGAUUACGUAGGUGGAAUGUCUCGUCCAAUAGAAUGCCAGUGAAGCCAACUUACUAAAUACAAACCAAUCACAUCUCAGUUAGGUCGUUUUGUAGACAAACGACCUGUAUAUCACUCUAAUUCCAAUCUCGUUAGCUGUGGUCGUGAGUUGAUUGUAUUGCUGGAGAUGGGUGACGGAUCCAGGAAAGCUGUUAUCAAAAAUGUAGAUAUGUCCGAGGAAAUGCAACAAGAUGCGAUAGAGGCAGCAACCCAAGCAUUUGAAAAGUACAACAUCGAGAAAGAUAUUGCUGCAUAUAUUAAGAAAGAAUUCGACAAGAAACAUAGUCCAACUUGGCAUUGUGUCGUUGGGAGGAACUUUGGGAGCUACGUAACACAUGAAACAAAACACUUUAUCUAUUUCUACGCUGGACAAGUUGCAAUCCUUUUGUUCAAAUCCGGUUAAUAUGAAAUGCAUUUAGUGAUUAUGCUAACAUUAUAAAGUUUGUAUUUGAUUAUAAUUGGGUUUUUUUAAUGAACGGAAUACACUAAUUAAGAGAUUAAAUAACAAAGAUUAGUGCUGAACUAAUCUUCCUUA